AUGGGUCGAAACACCACCCCCAUCCCACCAUAUCGGGACAACCCAGAUGCAGUUCCCCUCCACACAACACCAAACAACUACACCUACCCAGACACCCCCGAUCUUGACUCCGCCGCCCUCCCACCCCCCUACAGCGAGAGCGAAGCCUCCACCGCCCCUCCUGCCUCCCAACCACCAAUCCACCAUUCCCCUCCCCCAACAACACGCACCAAACACACAUCCCCCACGUUCAAAAACGGACACCCAGUCAUCUGCUCUACCCGAACACUCAUUGACCCCCUCCUUGACACUGACCCCGUCCUCCUCGAAAAAACUAUUCGCGCAAAUGCUCAAAUCCCUCCCGUACAAUACAUCCACAUCCUCGGCACACACCGCGAAACCACCACCACCAACAACAACACCAGCAACCGGCGCAACAAAACCGAAUCAAGCACUACAUCAACCGACGUCACCGACUUCCGCCUCGUCCUCAACAUCACCCCUUACCUGCAUCCCAAUUUCAACUCCGCAGACAUAUCCCCCAUGCGCCUCUCCACCAUCGACAACAACACUCGCGCCUUCCGCGGCGGCAUCACGCAAACCCGCGGCCCAACCAGCCAUACCCCCACCGACCUCGAAUCCAGCAGUGCCGCACCACCAGCGCCCAAACCCAGCUUAACAGAAUGGACACACCGCUACUGCGCCUCGGGCGCCCGACUGCGCUCCUUUCGUCUGCAGCGCGAAGUCACGGGGCUCCGCACCACACUGCUGGCGCAGCGCAUCGAGGCGUUGAUCCGCAGCACGCAGUACCGCGGACACGUCUCGAUUACGUUUCCCGUGGAAGACGCGCAUCUCGACAUCUACACGGCGUGCUUUAUGAAUCGGUGGCGGCUGGUGCCGUGGGUGCGCUGGGUGUUUUAUCUCUCGUUCCUGUGGCUGUUUGCCUGGCCUGUGCUGUUUUUGGCGACGAGGCGGUAUGCGGUUGUGAGAGCGCAGUGGCCGUUUAGUGUGGAGGAUGGGAGGGGUGAGGCGGUGUAUACGACGGUCAGUGAGGAGCAGUGGGUUGGACGGUGGGGGGUGGCGUUGAAGAGGUUGGUGUUGGAGGGGUGGGAUGGUGAGGUUAGUGAGGAGGUUAUGAGGGGGUUGGAGGCGAGGGAGGGGGAUUCUCGGAUGCCGGGACUGGGGGCGGGGUGGGAGGGCGCAGAUGGGGUGUUGGAGGUGGUGGCUCAGGGCGUGAGGGUCGCAAGGGCGGUGCAGACUGGGAUGUUGGAGAGAGGGUUGCUUGGAGGUUGGGGGUAUGAUUGUUGA